AUAAAUUAUGGUUUCCUACCUGUUUCAACUCACCAAUCCCUCUCUCUUUUUCUCUUUCUCUGUGUGUCUCUGGAAAGAUGGUAGCAUUUAGAGUUUUGUGUGUGCUUCUUUCUGCUCUCAUGCUGCUUAAUGCACAACAAGGAAAUGGUGCAUUAACAGCACGGUCACAAAAAAUGAUAGCUAAGGUCAACGAGGAUGGCCCUUAUUUGGGGUUGGUGAUUCCAAACCUAUAUGAAAUGAACCCUCUUCUUGAAUCUUCAAACUACACGGCUACCAACACCAUAGAUGUUGCUGGAAGAAGAUUUCGGUUUGGAACCAUUGGUGAAAAGAAAGUCAUACUAGUUAUGACUGGACUGAGCUUGAUAAAUGCGGGCAUAACUACUCAGCUUUUGUUGAGCCUUUUCAACGUAGAGGGAGUAGUGCAUUAUGGCAUAGCAGGAAACGCGAACCCAUCCCUCAAUAUAGGAGAUGUGACCAUCCCUCAAUAUUGGGCACAUGGCGCUCUUUGGAGUUGGCAGAGGUAUGGGUUAGGUCCUGAUGAUGAGCUACCCCUGGAAUCAGCUGGAGAUUACACAAGGAAAAUUGGGUACUUAAAAUUUGCAAAUUAUACAGUAAAUGUCACAGAAGGUAGCCCAUAUGACAAUCUCUUGAACAAUGUUUGGUAUCAACCUGAGGAAGUUUUCCCAGUAGAUGGGACUCCUGAGGAAAGACAGCAUGCCUUUUGGGUCGCUGUUGAUCCCUACUACUAUGAAAUCUCAAAACAGCUUGAGGACCUUGUUCUAGAAGGUUGUAUUAACUCAACGACAUGCUUGACCACAACGCCAAAGGUGACUAGGGUCCAAAGAGGAACAAGUGCAAGCAUUUACCUAGACAAUGCUGCAUACCGAAGCUUCAUCUAUAACAAAUUCAACGUAAGCCCUGUGGACAUGGAAAGUGCUUCUGUGGCAUUGAUCUGUCUUCAACAAAGGAAACCUUUCAUCGCUAUUAGGGCCCUCUCAGACUUGGCUGGUGGAGGCUCUGCUGACUCGAAUGAGGCUGACACCUUCACAUCCCUUGCUGCCACUAAUUCAGUGACUGUUGUUUUGAAGUUUAUCGAACUAUUGGCAGUCAAUUCCGAAUCAAGCACUGGCUAUGCUUAUUAUUAGGGAUGAGUGUGUGUAUUGCUCCUAAUAUCUUUUUGGUAAAUUAAUGGGAGGCAUGUCCAUAUAUCCUUCUUCAUGUACGUGACUUGGAAUUUAAAUAAAGGGGUAUUGUGAAAAUAAAGUAAAAAGU